AGUAAAAUAAACUGUUUUCCGGUGAGAAAAAUAGAAAGGGGAGAUCUUGAUUGCUUGAAUCUGUUAAUGGAGCAGCUUAUUAACUUCAUUAUAAGGCCACCCAGAGCUGAAUACAAUCCAAAAAACGAUUUGUUAGAUGAAGAAUUUGUGCUAAAAGGCAAGUGGCACCAGAGGAAAGAUUUGGAGGUCGUAAAUAGUCGAGGGGAUACACUACAGUGUAGCCAUUACAUGCCUAUUGUUCGUCCAAAUGGAAAUCCACUUCCCUGCGUAAUUUACUGCCAUGGGAAUAGUGGUUGCAGAACAGAGGCUAUUGAAGCUGCUACUAUAUUGUUGCCAUCAAAUAUAACUGUUUUUACACUUGAUUUCUCGGGCUCGGGGAUAUCUGGAGGAGAGCAUGUCACUUUGGGCUGGAAUGAAAAAGAUGAUUUGAAAGCUGUGGUUGAUUACCUUCGUGCAGAUGGGAACAUUUCCUUGAUCGGCUUGUGGGGCCGCUCUAUGGGUGCUGUUACAAGCUUGAUGUAUGGAGCUGAAGAUCCUUCAAUAGCUGGAAUGGUGUUGGACAGUCCCUUUUCGGAUUUGGUUGAUUUGAUGAUGGAACUUGUUGAUACUUACAAAGUUCGCCUUCCCAAAUUCACUGUUAAGUUUGCUAUCCAGUUUAUGCGAAGAGCAAUUCAGAAGAAGGUAAAAUUUGACAUAACGGAUCUGAAUGCUAUCAAGGUUGCAAAGUCUUGUUUCGUUCCAGUUCUAUUCGGUCAUGCCACUGAUGAUGAUUUCAUACAACCACAUCAUUCUGAUCGAAUAUUCGACGCUUAUGUGGGUGACAAGAAUAUAAUCAAAUUUGAGGGUGACCACAACUCUCCGCGCCCUGAAUUUUAUUUCGAUUCCAUAAGUAUUUUCUUCAACAAUGUGUUACACCCACCAGAGGAUGAAGUUGGGAGUGCAUAUUUUGAUGCAACUCAUGACUAUAUUCCCAAGGGUAGUUGGAAUAUUUUCCGAGAUAUGGAGUUUACGGAUGACUUAUUGGAUUCACCUACUGGUCCAGCAACUAGCUGUAGCACUGAGGACUCCAUCAGAAAACUUCGCUCCAGAAAACCUACGAGUAUGAUUGUGGUAGGGUUUAAGCUAAACCUUGAGGAUACCAUUUGCGAGGUUCCUUCAGAUGCUUUGGCAGAUUUCCCAAGUAACGGCGAAGAAGAAGAAAAGGCA